UUUAUUUUUUAUUUAGUUUAGGUUAGGCUAGUAAAAUAUAAUAAAUUGAGGACAUUCUUGAGCGUUAAGUAGUUUUUUUCUGUAAUCGACCUUAGGCAUAAGUAAUCUAUCUGUUUAGGUUGAGAAAUAGGCCUAGCAAAAAAUGAGUGAUGUAUUUAUUUCAAAAUAUCGAUUAGUACAAGAUGCUAAACCUCAUUAUGUGUACACUGUUGAAGUUUUAGGGAAUUCGGUCCACCAAAUAGUAGAAAAACGUUACAGUGCAUUUCACGCUCUUCAUAGAGAACUUAGGAAGCACUUCACAACUCCAGCGUUUCCACCAAAGCGCGUGCGAUGUUCACAACCGAAAGUACUAGAACAGAGACGACAAGGCUUAGAACAUUACCUGCAAACAAUGAUGAAGUUUGGACCAAGCCGUGCUAAGAUCAUGAACUUCCUUGGUGUUCCCGAUGAUGGCAAUAGAAGUGAAGCAGCUAAUACAGUGUCUCACAGGCCAGUGUUCAGAGUGUAUUUGAACUCUUGUCUACACCCUUCACACAACAAACUGCCGGAUAUUAUCACUGAAGGGGUCUUAUCAGCUCUUUAUACUCAUUAGUUGAUAUUAUUUACUUUACCUUUAUGUAUUAUUGUUUAUUUUGAUCAUGACUAUCUGUCAUUGUGAUAUUUUUAUUAUUUGUUAUCUACGUAGUAUAUAAUAGUUAUGAAUAAACAUUUUGUACUGA